AAUGGAGCAGCUCCAACAAAUACUUCCAAAACCCAAAAAUAUAAUUUAAAAAUUACAUUCUAAAAUUUAAAACCCCCUUUAUAUUCCACAAUCCACUUUCAAAAUUUCUAUUACCCUUUUUGAAAAACCAGAACACUUAUCAAAAUUUUCAAACAUAAAAAACAAACAAUACAGCUUCAAGAAUUCUUCCAACAACAAACACCACCACCUGCCUCUUCCAUUCAUUCCUUCCACACACACACAUACUAAUAUAUUCUCUCUCUCUCUCUCUCUCUCUCUCUCUCUCUCUCAGCUUAUUAUUAUUACACCCAUCAUCCAUCCAUUUACCACGCCUACUCAAUUUGUGGCGCAUGCUAUGCCUCAUUUUGCCUAUGUUUGAAUUAUCUGCAACACUCUCUGACUUCUCCACUAACCCUUUUAAUAUCACAAAAAUUUCAACUGCAAAAUUCAACUCUUUAAGUACUCUUGUGUACUAAAGCUUCAAUCUUUAACAGGUUUUUGUGUUUUUCUCUCUGUUUUCCUUCAUGGGUCUGUUCCAAUUCCUCUCAAAAAUCCAUUCUUUAAUUACAGUUGAGAAAUAAAGAUUCAAACUUUGUUAAGUUUCUGUGUUUUUCUUAAUGGGUCUGUUCUAAUUUCUCUCAAAAAGCUCUUUUUGGUGAUUCUGAGCUUCACAAAGGUCUCAGAGUGAUUGAAUUUUGAGACCCCAUUUUGAUUCUGCAGAAGAUUUUUUUGAAGGAAAUUUUGUAGCAGAUAUGGUUGCAGAAGCUUGGAUUCUAAAGAUGGGUAAUCAAGUAAGUUCAAAUCUAAAACAUGCUCUUCUUCUUGAAACUUUAACAAAGAAAAAACAGAAUCAAAAAAGGUCAGAAAAUAAAGAAACUAUAGGUAUUCUUUCUUUUGAAGUAGCAAAUGUUAUGUCAAAAAUUGUUCAUCUUCAUAAAUCACUUUCAGAGUCUGAGAUCUCAAAGCUUAAAAAUGAGAUCUUGAACACUGAGGGUGUUAAGAAUUUGGUUUCAUCUGAUGAAAGUUAUCUUCUUGAGCUUGCUAUGGUAGAGAAGCUUGAAGAGUUGAACCGUGUUGCUAGUGUUGUUUCUAGGUUAGGUAAGAAAUGUUCUGAGCCAGCUUUACAAGGGUUUGAGCAUGUUUAUAGUGACAUUGUUGGUGGUGUUAUAGAUGUUAAGGAAUUAGGUUUCUUAGUUAAGCAUAUGGAAGGAAUGGUGAGGAAAAUGGAUAGGUAUGUUAAUGUUACUAUGAAUUUGUAUAGUGAAUUGGAAGUGUUGAAUGAAUUGGAACAAGCAGUGAAAAAGUUUCAGAAUAAUCAGCAUGUGGAGAGUAGAAAAGCUUUUGAGCAGAAACUUUUAUGGCAGAGGCAAGACGUGAGACAUCUUAAGGAUGUUUCUCUUUGGAAUCAAACCUUUGAUAAGGUUGUUGAGUUGUUGGCUAGGACAGUUUGUACUAUUUAUGCGAGAAUUUCUGUGAUCUUCGGCGAAACUGGUUUGAGGAAGGAUAGCCUUGGAUCACCGGUUACGCAAAAUGAAUGUGGGUUUGUUUCCGGUAAUCUUAAUGUUCAGAUGAAUUCUGAGAGGUUGAAACGCAACUCGAGCAAGAGAAAUGGAAUUCAUCUAGGUUCGACUGCAAGAAUGCCUGCGGUGGAGAGACGGGGAACAGCUACUAGUAAGCCGCGGAUUGACAUGAGGAGUGGCGAAUUAGCUUCUCUUCGACCCGAAGAUUUUGGUUUUCCUUGUGGAACAAGUCCAGGGAGACUUUUUAUGGAGUGUUUAAGUUUGAGUAGCUCGGUUGCAAGAUUUGAUGAUAGCGAUGAAGGUUAUGUUAUCAAUCACGAGGAUCAAUACAGUCACGUAUCAAGCAGUCGCAGUGGCGUCAUUGCAAAUAAUAGCAUGAAAAGGGAGCAUUCGUUCCAUUCUGGUGUUCUAAGUCAUGUUCAAAGUGGUGUUUCGUUCAGUGCAGAUCUAAGACAAGCCAAAUCCGGUGUACAAAGUUGCUCUACAUUUAGUCCGAAAAGUAGGUUAGCUUUUUAUGCUCCUCCUUCGACUCUUGGUGGCUCGGCUCUUGCAUUGCACUAUGCCAAUGUCAUAAUUGUCAUAGAGAAGCUUCUUCGCUAUCCACAUUUAGUUGGUGAGGAUGCUAGGGAUGAUCUAUAUCAGAUGCUACCAACAAGCCUAAGGUUAUCUCUUAAGACGAAACUGAAGUCGUAUGUCAAAGAUUUGGCCAUAUACGAUGCGCCUCUUGCACAUGACUGGAAGGAGAAUCUUGAUGGGAUGCUUAGAUGGCUUGCGCCUCUAGCGCAUAAUAUGAUGAGAUGGCAGAGCGAACGUAAUUUCGAGCAGCACCAGAUUGUUAGCAGGACAAAUGUUCUGUUACUUCAGACAUUAUAUUUCGCCGACCGUGAAAAGACCGAGGAAUCAAUCUGCGAUCUUCUUGUUGGUUUGAAUUACAUAUGUCGUUACGAACAACAGCAAAAUGCAUUGUUGGAUUGUGCAAGUAGUUUCGAUUUUGAAGAUUGUAUGGAGUGGCAAUUGCAAUGUGGAGCUUCUUUUCUCAAUUGAGUAUAUAGACUAUAAUUUUUGAAAAUCCACAAUUUGGUGAGCAUUUUAUUUGUUUUGAAAUAUUUUAUCAUGAGGGUAUCAUCUCAAAUUUUCAAUACAAUGUUGAAUUCUUAAGUUAGCUACUUGAAAAGUAUGGUUGUAUUUAAUUAAAAUUAAAAUUUUACUUGUGCAAUAUAUAAGAAGUCAUAAAAGUUGAUGUUGAGCUUGUAUAUAAGUUUAUGUACAAAUUGCAUAUUGCUUAGAGUUUGAUUCAUUAGAAUUAUUGUCAUGAAUAUCACAGAAACUAGCAUUUGUAUUUUAA